GGAAGUGGCGAGAAGAACCAUAUAAUAUGAAUAUGUCUAAUGCUACUGCCAACGAGUGCAAAGCAAAUAUUGUUGGUCGUAUGACCAAUAUUGUCGGAGAAAAUAUCAUAAUCCUACUUGCCAAUAUAUUUUUAUUAUUCUUUAGUUAUGAUGCA